UCCUCUGAAUAUGAUAAUGAAGCCCGGAAAGUCCUCAGCUGACCAAAACGGCGUCGUUGAAGAUGGUCUCCAUUGUUAAAAAAAAAUCACACAAAGAAAGAAGCACAGCACAGCUGGCUGGGAAAACAUCAACAUUUGAUGAGGGAAGUCAGUCAGUCAAAGGAGCUGCCUUAUUUACUGGACAAAAUCAGAGUGUGUUGGCAGCUCCCUGUCUCUCAUUUUUUCCAGCGCUCAUGUGAAUGAGAGAUGUGCUGUGCAGUGAGCUCUCCUCUUAGGCCAGUGGGGUUUUAAACUGAAUAUAUCUGAACAGGAGAUGGAUUUGCGCCGACAGACAAGCCUUUGAGCUCAAGGGAAGAAAGAAGCAACAAAUGAUUGUUUCCUAUUCUUUGGUUUCACUUUUCUGAGAUCUGAACUGAAAUGGGGAGGAAGAUCCAACAAUGUCUGUAGAGUGACUAAACAUGGAAUUAGACUUCGACAAGUACUGCAUUGUGGAUGGAAGUCCUACAACAGUUCUUCCAGCUCCUCGUCGUCGAUCGAAAGUUGCUACCGGAAGACCAAAUCCAAAGCCCGCCUGCGGAAACUAUACAUCGAACUGUGAUGAAAACUACGUCGGGAUUAACUACAAUCGUUACCGUAGUGCAUCCUGCCGAGAUGCUCGAUCCCGAAGAUCCACUCGGGAAGUCGGCAGUGAAAGGCCAAAGCGCGGUUCGGUUUAUAAGAGCUCCAAAGAAGUGAUGCACCUGAGGAAAGAUGAUGCAGUUCUUGGAAGGAAGAAGAUCGAGCUGUCACGCGGGAGCGCGUCUGCUUUGUCGUUCGGAAUUAUCGAUUCAUUGUGCAGUUCGGAUGAAGAUAGUUCAGUUGUUGAUCGAAACAGGUCUUCGGUGAUGUCCCUGUCCGAACAAAGCACAAGUUCUUUCUGCGAAAGCCAGGUAGAAUUGUCCACCCGAGAUUCAACAAGCUAUCAUUUUCCUCAAAGAAUCCCGAGGAGAAGCAGUACUCAAUCCUCGGAUAAAAGAGAGAAACGGCUCACAGAUUGCCGGUCUGUUCAGGAUGUCAUUCGUGUCGCUGAAUCUAAUAUCGACAUCUUGAAAGAAAGAGAUCCAGCUGCCAAUCUACACAAAUCGUUAUCGGCCAAGCUAGGUUUGCCCCAUUCGCCUACACAUUCCGAAACUGAUGUCUCUAAAACCGGCAAUCCGAAGGUUCGUUUAAAUCCUGCCAGAAAAGCCUUUGAUCCUUUCAUGAAGUCCAAAUCUCAUCGAAGCCCGUUGAGUUCCGUCAAUGAAGCUGAAUCAGAAACUGUAAACGAGCUACAUCACACGAAGAAAGAGAAUUCUAGUUCAGUUGCUCCGAGCUCUCCAGCGCAUCUUCAUGGAAUCCUCAAGUUGGAGAAGAUACAUGGGGCGCUGGUUUUUGAAUUCUCAGUGAAGUCACUCGGAGAUGUUUACAUAGCCAAGAUGUGGAGCGCAGGUGAUGCUCUAAAAUGGAUCUACACUUUCCAUUCACUUCAUCUGCGAAGAAAGAGCAAUGCUAGCGGAUGGGGACUAAAAGACAACAAUAGAGAACCAGCUAUGGUCGGGCAGAUGAACGUGUCAUGCUAUCAGUGUAAAGAAUUGAACAGAGAUCGAACCUUGGAUGACUCCAUGGUGACAGAGUUUGUGUUAUACGAUACUGCGCACUCGACUAAUCCCCAUAAAGACAGUGCUAGUUGUUCCCCCAAUGUCAGUAAAGUAUCUCCAGUUCCAGAUGAGCCUUCGUCUUGUGAACAGAAUGAAGUAUCAGCCAAGACAAAUAGAGGGCAGUUUUUGAAGAAUGAAUCAUCAUCUUCUUCUUCUCAGCUUCUGGCAGCAACCGAAUUGCAACCAGAGCUAGAAGUUGCAGCAAUGGUUGUGCAAAUCCCUUUAAUAAAGAGGCCUAGUUUGAAAUUUAGGAGUGGCGAGCUUGAUCUUCAUUGCGCAGACAAUGAUACUUAUUCUGAGAGGAUGAGUCCAGGAAAGAUACAUGUGGUGAUCCCGGAUGGAAAUCACAGCCGGCCAAGUACUACAGAGACCUGUGGAACUUCACCAUUACUAGAUAGAUGGAGAUUAGGCGGAGGAUGCGGCUGCGGUGGCUGGGAUAUGGCAUGCCCUCUCCAUGUUUUUGGCAAUCCAAGUUUUGAAUUCACUGAGGGCUUCCACCAGAUAGACAAUCAGAGCCCUGCCCAGCUCUUUGUUCAGGGAAGGAAAGAUAAUGUGCCGGCAUUCAGCAUGAGUGCAGUGGAAGGCGGGAAGUAUAAAGUUGAUUUCCACGCUCAGUUAUCCUCCUUGCAAGCCUUUGCCAUCUGUAUUGCCAUUUUUCAUGCUGCAGAAACAUCUCCCGCUUUCAGGAAUGAAAGAUGCAGAGAGCUACUGCAAAGUGAUUCCCUGAGAGUGUUUGCUGACGAGGAAGUCAAAAGAUUCGUAGAAGACAUAGGAGAGGAAAUGAAAUUCACAGCUAACAAAAAGAUGGGUGAAGUGUUACCGAAUUUUGUACUGAAUCCGCCAUUCUCCCCAAUUGCUCGAGUAUAG